UUUCUUUUUUGACAUUUUAGCUUUUUAUUGUGUACCGGGGAGUCAAUGGAUUUAUAGAUUUCUUCAUCAUCCUUUUGAGACGCGGGAGUCUGGUUGUUGGGCAUACGAUAGUUACGUCAAACACAACGGAAGCGAAUAUGGGGAUCACCAACGCGCUUGUUGGGCUGGCUGCCGGCAACACACUCACUUAUAACAACCAAUCCGCCCAAACUUCCGCCAUUACUCUGGAGGACAACGAGGGCACACAAGUUCCGAUAACAGUGAACUCUAACCCCUGUGACGUGUUUGCCUCGACGUCAACGACCGGAUGUGGUGACGGGAAAACCUGUGAGGUGGUUGGAGGCAGCGCCACCUGUUUAACAAUCCAGCAACCUUCAGACGAUUUGGGUGUCCUUGUGGGUAUCGGAUUUGGUGUGACUGCCGUCCUUCUCCUCGUCAUUAUAGUUUUGAUAUGGAUGUGCAUGAGAAGUCGAAGCAGACGACAUCAAACAACGAAAAAUACAUUGAGGCCCGGGACACCGACUUUUAUGCCGACGCGUUUCCAUGCGAACGUGCCCAGUUGGAGCCAUCAGCCAGCGUUUUACGACAAUAACGGUCUGGAUCUCAGCGAUUCUCGGAAAUUCAUGCCGGCUUCAAUUGAAAACCUGCCAUUCUACAGAAACGAUUUUCAUGAAACGCCCCGAAGAAAACGAGGCCGCGCACAUGAUGAGGAUUAAACAAACCACGUUACAACGACAACUUCUGAGCACAGGACAUAACUCUAGGGACAACAGACCAACUUAACACAGAGAACAUGACUUCCGGUGAGUUUGAGAUGCUGGCACGGGUCACUGGAGGUUGCCAAUUCGUAGAACGAGAUUUGUCGCAAUCUACCGAAUAGUGAACGAAUCAAAAGGUUUCCAUUUUAAAAAAAACAAUAAUUAUCACUAAUUGAACUUAUUGGCUAAAGACUGUGAAAUCAAAUAUUUCGUGGGGCGCAAAUAUCAUGGUUUCCCGACAAAACUCCAUUUCUUGGGUACAUGAAUUCGUGAAUUACGAGUUUCCACCCAAACAGAAAAAUCCCUUCAUAUCAAACUUGUAAUUUCUGUUCGUGGACCUAUGAAUUCGUAAUUGAAGACUCUCCACGAAAUCCAUGAAAUUAAAAACAAUCCACGGAAAUUAGUGAUUUCACAGGAUAUCAAAAAGAAUGCACAAUGUGUUAAUAGAGAGAGAGUUUGCAUUCAGAUAUUAUGUGACUUUUGUAGAUACAGAACGAGAAGGAAAGAGAGAAAAUUGGGGGAUGUUUAUUUUCAAAUGGGGUUCAUGAUAUAUUUGCCUGACAAAUCGUAAUAUAUGAAUGGAGAAUUGGCGACAAUUUAUGUAAUCUGAACUUGUAUGGUUUUUUUGUUCUUUGUUGUAGUUUUAGUGUUAUUAAUUAUUUGUAUUCACUGUUCAAAGCAGUUACAUAGAUAUUUCAUCUACACAUUAAAUUUUAGUGUACUACAGAUUCAAAACAACAUGAGGGUAAAUUUCCCGUUUCGGAAAGUCUGUUUUCUUUAAAUAGAAUGUCUCCUUGCUUCAGGUGACACCGUGAACCGGAUCAAAAAAAUUAUAUUUAAUCAUUUUGUUCUCAAAAGUUUUAUAAUUUGUGAUAUUCCUCCAGGCAAAUCUUGUGUUGGUUUAUAUUGGAUAUUGUAAAAUAUAUAAGGGAGUAGUAUACAUGUGAUAAACAGUUUGUCACAAGGUUUUAGUUUCAUGAUUUGUCAAGAACAAUUUUCUCAUCGCUAUCUCGUGUAGUGGCCUCUUAAUUUAAGGUCCCAAGAAAUAUUAUGUUUAUGGUUAUAACAGGGAAAAUUAGGGUAGGGGUAACAUAACUGAGAAAGGGUAGGUAGGUCGGGAUUUAUUUUUCUAUCAUCCCCUCACCCUUUUUUCGAGUGGGUUGGAUUGGAGUUUAGAAGAGGCUAAUUUAAGAAAUUGCAAAAAUCACCAAACAUAUUUUAAGGUUUAGAUUUGGUUUCGAUACCUGCUUAUGAAGUAGAAAUGGUAUAUACAUAAGUGCCUUGUUUAUUUGUCCAAUAAUUUGUUUGCCUCCGGUGAACAACUUAUCCCACUGGAUUGGGUGCGUUCGGGUGAGAAACACUGUUAGGGUUGGAGGUAAGCACUAGGGUCGAUCGGGGUACAUUAACAGAUAUGUUUGGCCUUAUCCAUGAACUAGCGAUGAGAACAUCGUUCUCCGACACAGUGUGAUAAUUUAUAAUGAACACGAUAAUAUUAUAUUUCCGUAAUGUAUUGACUACAGCAUUGUAUGAAGCUGUAUAAAAGUUUAAGUGAAAAGAUUUAUUUAAACUUUUAACCUUCAGAAGUGUCGUUAUAAGAAGUCGUUGACUGUUCGUGUAUUUUAGAUAAUUGAGUACCAUAUAUCCUACCUUAUCCAACACUACAUGUCGGUCAGAUUGAACAUGAUGCUGGAAUACACAGGUCUUAUACGGUAGUUUUCAUUCGACUGAUAUUAUUAUAUUCUAAGAGACAGAUUUCACUGUUUAAUAUAGAUACAAAAUAUGUUCAUUUGAUAAAAAAAAGUAUCUAUUUUUUGUACAAUUUGAUAAAAAAAACAUAUCUUUAUUUUCACUAUAGUCAACGAGUUCUGCUGGUUAAUUGCAAAAGGAAGGAGCCUCCUUAAAGAUCUGGUUUUAAUCAAAUUACAUUGUGUACACAUCGUUAAAGUUGAUUUAUGAAUGAUUUUUCCACAUAUUUUUAUCUUUUAUUUUAACGUCUGUUUGCUUAGCAGACCAUGAUUUAUUGUUAUCUUAACGGCCUCAAUAAAACCGCCGCAGAACAAGAGAAGAACGUUCAUGUGAGGGGAUUAAAUAUAUUUCUUACGAACAAAAUAUUCUUGUGUAAUCAUUUUAGAUGUAAUUAUACAUUUAUAAGUUACUGUUUUAGUAAAAGUAAUUAUAAUGUGUUAAUAUGUUUGUACUGCUGUAUACCGGGAAAUAUUCGCUGUAGUUUAAUUGUCGCCUUUUAUCUUCCUCCGUAAUAACGGCAAAUUUGUCAAUCAAGCAAAUAUUAGUACACGGUUUACCAUAUCCAUUAUGUAUAAUGAAUAUAUAUGUACUUAUUAUAGAUGCAUUGGUAAUUGAAGGUUUUCUGACUGUAUGACUGAAAAGUUUAAUGAAUUUCUGCCAAAACAUUACCACUGACCUCACAUUAUGAGUGCUCCCCGAUUACUCCAACAGUAAGAUGGAAAAACCGAACAGUUUCGAUUUGGAAAAAAAUCACCGGUUAUGAUUCUUGCUGAUUAUAAAAUAAUAUUGAUUGGUAGCUUUAUCUUAGCACUUUACAGAGGGAAUAUAAAUUUAUUUAUUACGGUGCUGGAAAUGGAAAUCCAAGUCUAUUUUUGUCAUGGUAAGGUAUUGUCCACAAUCUGCGUUAAAUCAUAUUAUCAAGUAUGUCUGUCCUGCUUUUUUGUAACUCAUUUUUAGCAUACUAUUUUGUGAAUUUCUGUCUUCUCUGAAUGUUUUAUUUAUCCUUUCUUAAAAAUGGAGAAGGCUGACGUAAAAAGUAUUUUUCACAGUAGUAUAUCACAGAUGUGCCAUAUACUUUAGAUCUCUAAGAUUUCGCUGACAUUAAGUUUGGCAAACUUAUAUCUCCGUAUCUUUUCCCGGAGAUAUCAAUUUGCUUUUCAUUCAGCACGAGUACCACAAGAAAA